CUGUUCGUGUUGACUGGUGACGGUAGCAUUCAAGUACAUGCGAAUACAAAGUGAUUGCAAUCUUGGAGGUCAUGUAACCGUGUUGAACAUAAUUGGUCGAAAGCUGUAGGAGUUCGUGCUUAAUGUGCUAUGAGUCUCUACGACCGCCUUAAAAUUAGGAGGUUUUCAUAAACAAAAUCUUGACUCUGAUGGAAGAUGCCAGUAUGGAUCAGGAAGAGCAGGACCGCUUGUGUGCCCAGGCUCUUCAAUGGGAAGAAUGCAAUCGGGCUAUGCUCAACGAUGCAGAAGGUUUGAGUACCCACACAACGAAUUUUCGACGCUUCGAGACGUCAAUAUACGACCUUGAAGAAGAUCGGAAGUUUGCUGAGAAACUCCAGCGCGAGGAAGAAAACGAAUACUUGGCCUUCCGUACUGAGAAACCAGAGAAAAGGGAUCCUCAGCAUGUGGCAGAAUUUCGAGCGCUGAUUGAAAAGCAUAAGUGGCUUUCGCUUGUCGAUCCCCAGUGGGAAGUAAUCGAUCCAACACCGGACAUACACGCCAUGUUUCAGGUAUUUGACGAUAUGUUUUUCAAUAGUUCAUUGAGAUUCUGUACCGUCAGUUGGAGUCCCAGAAUGACAUCAUGUGCCGGCUUGUGCUGCUUUCAGAAAGGCCAGUGCUCAAUUCGGCUAUCAAAACCUCUACUAACAUUGCGACCCCGGUCCGAUUUAGUAGAAACUCUUUUGCAUGAAAUGAUUCAUGCGUAUAUAAUGCUUAGCGGGAAAUCACGAUCCGAAGGACGCGAUGGACAUGGUCCGGAAUUCCAUAAAAAAAUGCACCGAAUUAAUCAGCUGGCCAAAUGCAAUAUUACGGUUUACCAUUCGUUUCACGAUGAGGUGCGUCACUACAAGGUUCACCAUUGGCGUUGCGAUGGACCGUGUAGGAACAAGCAUCCUUUCUUUGGUUGGGUACAACGGUCACAAAAUCGUGCGCCGUCGAAAAACGAUUUUUGGUGGGCCAAUCAUCAACGCCAGUGCGGUGGAACCUUCGUAAAAGUUGCCGGGCCCGAAAUGCAAGAGGGUGACGGAUCUAAAAAUCGUAAACGCAAACAGCCCUUCGGUAAGAUUGGCGGGGACGUAUCUGGCCCACUGAGCAAAAUGCUCAAAAAGACUAUGAUAGGUACUAGAACUUCGACCUCACUUACAGUUUCUUCAACCACUACUAAGGUUCAGAGUGAUCUGUUCCAGCCGAGCACUUUAAAGGCGAACUCAUCAAAGAUUACUGGACUUUCUGGCUUUACAGACAGUCAUAUCAAUCAAUCGAGCCAAUCAAGUCGUAACAACAACUUUUUCAAACCGCUUAUCUCAACCGUACCGAAAAGCUUCGUACCUUUCCAGGGCACCGGUAACGUACUUGGCUCUAUUAAUACAUCUGGGACUUCGCAAGCUACCGAUCAAAGGCUUGGGCAUUCUAAAAUUCCUGGAACGUCAAAGCAUAACGAUCACAGUCUUGGUCGUAUGAACAUGGCUGUAGUAAAUGAUAAAUCACUCAGUGCCAGUACAUCAAAGAUCAGAAAAACCAUACACACUCCUCCACUUCGACAGACAACGUUAGAUUGGCUUCGCUCAAACAAGCUCGGGACAGCGUCAACAUUAAGCGAAGGAACAAAAACCACGAAAACGCCUUCUUUUGCUGACCAGCUUCGGGGUCGGAAACUUAUAGAGGAACUGUUCAGUAGUGACGAAGAAGCGACCGAAUCUGACCUGAAAGCUGGCUUCUCCUCUGCUGCCCAGGAACGUCCACUGACAAAUUUACCACAAAAUGCAGCUCCGAUAGUGAUUGUCGAUAGAGAUAAUGAUAGCUGCACCAAUAUUUCCGAUCACGUCGCCAAUUUAUUCCAUGAAGUUAAUUGUCCCGUGUGCUUGAAAAAAGUUUCCGAAAAAGAUAUCAACACACAUCUCGAUGCUUGCCUUGACCAGUGAUAAAUAACUAUAAGGCCAUGCCAUAAAGUACCUAUCCAAUUGAAUGAGCUAUCUUUGUACAUAAAAUAGAUAGCUAAGUGAAUUACCGAAGAGAUGUGCAUACAGUGUGCAUAGGUUCUUGAAUUACGUAUGCACGUCGAUGCGUGGCACAAAUUAACAUUCGUGGGGUCCUUGAUAGGUCUAACAUAUGUUUUCCGGGACAAAUAAAAAAGAGUAAUAAAACAAAUUUAUUUGGUGACUGUGUGACCUGUACAAUUAUAUCUUUAUAUCACUUUUACGUUUCUAGGCUUGUAAAUCUUAUCAACUUCCGCAAAACGCCACAUCGGAUUGUUCGAAAAAGUUAAAAUGCUAGAAUAGUAUUAAAGGAUCGAUGACAAAUAUGAGCGGAACUAUGAACGUUACCCAAGGCAUAUUCAAAUAAAAUAAGCAUUUUGCACAACUGAACGUCUUUGAUAUAACAUAAUUCGGGGAAGUUAUUGGUAUUAAUAAGUGUAAACAACUUGUAAACUGUCUUGUAGUUUGUCUGUGUCGCUGAUCGCAUGGUUGCAUUCGAUAUGAUUUUUUUGACUUACUGUUGGCUGCAUUUAG